GCGUCGAGGGCCAUGCUGUUAAACACCCUCCUCGAUCGCCCGACCGACCAACUCAACCCCUCCCCCUCCUGCCCCCUCCUGAAGAAAGCAAUGAGUGCUAUAACCUCAAGAGAACCCUAAAAAUGCCGGCGUCUCGAAUGCAACUGCGGCGGCAGAAUACAUUAAUUGCUUUGGGUCUCGUGGCCUUCUGCGUUUGGUUCUUCACCUCGCAUCGAUCGCGAAGCGGCGAACUGAUUCACAGCCAUGAGCAAUUCUGGAGAGAUUUCCACCCGCUUCUUGUGGAUAAUGCGCCAGACUGUCAGUCCCCAACACGCCUGGGAAAUGCUGAAUCUGCCGGCUUCGAUCCACAAAGCACCGAACCGCUGCCUGACUUAUUGAGGAUGCCAGCCGAGGAUAUUGCAAAGAUGAAACAAGCACACACGGCCUUCGCAAAUGCGAUCGAAAGAGCCCCUCCAAAACUCAAUUACCAGCCACACACGCGUGGACUGGUUUCAACAGCCGGCGGCCCUUAUCUUCCAGUCUUGGUGAUUUCGCUGCGCAUGCUGCGACGUACGGGCUCAACUCUGCCGAUGGAGGUAUUCCUCGCCGACUGGGAGGAAUAUGAUGGCUAUCUUUGCCAGGCUGUCCUUCCCUCGCUGAACGCGCAGUGCGUGGUUCUGUCGGAGAUCCUGGAAGCGGUGCCCGACAGCACGAACAAGAUCGAGAAAUACCAGUACAAGAUCUUCGCAAUGCUUUUCUCCUCCUUCGAAGAGAUCCUCUUCCUCGAUGCAGAUGCUUUUCCCCUAAAAAAGCCAGAGGAGUUGUUCACCGCCGACCCGUUCAAGUCCAAAGGCCUGGUCACCUGGCCCGAUUUCUGGCGUCCCACAACAUCCCCUUUGUACUAUAAGAUAUCAUCGCCCAAAGAGAGUGGAACGCACCCGGCCAACCCGACCGCUCUCCGGCAGUCGACGGAGUCCGGGGAAGUACUCGUGUCCAAGCGCACUCACCUUCGCACCCUUCUCCUCGCUGCGUACUACAACUUUUAUGGACCCAGCCAUUAUUACCCGCUUCUCUCGCAGGGCGCAGCCGGCGAAGGGGACAAAGAAACGUUCCUUGCCGCCGCCAACGCCCUCGACGAGCCUUUCUACCAGGUCAGCGAACCCAUCCGGGCCGUUGGGCGCCGGACGCCCGACGGUUUCGCGGGGUCCACCAUGGUUCAGUACAGUCCGAUGGAGGACUAUGCCCUGACGAAGAAGGGCAUUUGGAGAGUCAAGGGUGCCACUGCGCCCACGCCCAGCCCAUUCUUUGUACACGUCAACUAUCCCAAGUUCAACCCGGCCACAAUCUUCGCGGAGAACGGCGUAACCAACCCGGUGAUUGAUGAGAGAGGACAGUAUACGCUGGCAUGGACGGCGCCCGAAGAAGUGGUCGCCUCGUUCGGCGACAACGCUCAGCAAAGAUUCUGGGAAGAUAUCCAUUGGACGGCCUGCGUGCUGGAGGGCAAGACCCUAAGCUGGAAAGGCAAUACGGGGAUCUGCCAGCAGACGAGGGACUACUGGAAUAGUGUUUUUGGAAAUUCGGCUGGUAAGAUGAUGAAUCAGUCAUAAGCGAGUCACGAAAAAAAUAGAUUCGAUUGAUAGCCCCUGUGCUGGUCGCAUGUGCUAUAGCCCUUAUGAGAGUGAGCGAUAUCUUAUCUAGCGUUGCUGGGGACGUUCGGUUUGCGAAGAACAUCAUACAAGUUCCCUGUCAGCAGGUGCUCGGUUUGAAUAAAGGACUCGUCACGAAAGAUAUCUCGGGAGGACUGGCUAUCCGUCAUAUUUGUCGCAGACAAUCAUUCCACAGCCAUCGUCUGCUCCAGCAUUCGAACAGGUAAAGAAAGGCUGGGAUCAGAGCAGGGGCCUUAGGUUGUUCGACCAUGUCGAGAGCCUGUCUUUUG